AUGGGGAAGUCUGAAGAGCGAGUUUUGCUCAUUCUUGCUAUUUGUGUGUUUGUUGUUCACACGCCAGCUGAAGCCUGGUACAAACAAGCAGCAGGACCCAGUUAUUACUCAGUCGGUAGAGCAUCUGGGCUGCUGUCAGGAAUCAGAUCAGCGAUUAGAAGAGAUGAAGCGGACACACGGGACAGCGGAGGAUUCACCCAAAAUAACGCAAUCUUACAGUCAAAUUCACGCAAGUUCGCUUUAAAAAAUAUGCCUGUUUGUGUGAAGGACGUUUUGCCGGAGCUGCAAAGCUGUGAGUUGAUGCUGGACUCGACGUUUCGGUGUGAGGCGGCCGUCAUUCUUACCCUUGACUCCAGUGACUGUGUGAACACACGAGGAUCAUCUUUGUUUCCAGACUGA